UGGGGUGUUGGGUGUCUGGGUGUUUUACAUCGCAACACCCAGACACCAAAAAGGGUGAGGGCGUAAAUUUGAUAAAGGGCCUCUCCAUAGACAUGGAACACACGUCUGUUGUGGUCAUCUUUGCUGGACAUAUACACCAUUGCAUCUGUAACGUGCACGGGACUGAUACGAUGCAGGUGUUUGAAUGGGCGUUUGGGAAAAGGAUGACUCCUCAGGAACGGUUGAGGAAGAACCAAAGGGCCCUUGAUCGUACGCAACGUGAGUUGGAGCGUGAGCGUAAGAAACUGGAGGCUCAAGAGAAGAAGCUCAUCCAGGAUAUCAAGAAGAGUGCGAAACAGGGACAGAUGGGUGCGUGCAAGAUCCAGGCGAAGGAUCUUGUGAGAACUAGAAGGUACAUCGAUAAGUUCAACACUAUGAAGACAUCGCUACAGGCCAUUUCUCUCAGAAUUCAAGCGGUUAGAAGCUCUGACCAAAUGGCCAUGAGUAUGCGAGACGCUACAAGAUUGCUUGGGACGAUGAAUAGAUCUAUGAACUUGCCUCAAUUGCAAAAAAUCGCCAUGGAUUUCGAAAGGGAAAACGAUAUAAUGGACCAGAGACAGGAGAUGAUGGACGAUGCCAUUGACGACGCCAUUGGUGACGAAUUGGAGGAUGACGAAGAGGCUGACGAAAUCGUCAGUAAGGUAUUGGAUGAAAUCGGUGUUGAUUUGAAUGCACAGAUGCAAGAAACCCCACAGGGAUUGGUGUCACAAGAGAAUAAGAAGGAAAGAGUUGCACAGGCCAUCGGAGGAGGUGAUGAAGAUGACGAUUUACAGGCAAGGUUAAACAGUUUGAAAAGAGGUUGAGUUGAUAUGUACUUCUGAUGGUUCUGUCUCUUUCCCCCUAACUUUGAAUGUUUAUCUGUAUAUUAAUGCCAUUAAAUU